GUCCCUAGAAUUGUCGUACAGGAAAUUGUCAAAGAACUUGAUUCUGAGGGGAGUGAGUUACGUAAAUCUCAUUGCUUAAAAAGAAGGCAAUAUUACAACCCUGGUCUCAACUACUCUUGGCAUGUGGAUGGAUACAAUAAGCUCAUGCCAUGGGGUUUCCCUAUUCAUGGAUGUAUAGAUUGCUUCAGCAGACGUAUACUGUGGUUGAAGGUGGCUCGUUCAAAUAACUUACCAGAGUACCCCGCAAUUUACUUUCUAGACACUGUGAAAGAACUUGGAGGCUGCCCUGUUGAAGUAGUUACUGACUUGGGAACUGAGAACAGUCUACUUGCAUCAAUUUAGAGUUACUUUGAAGAAAACCCCGAUGCUCAUCGAUAUGUCCCUUCACAAUGAAAUCAAUGUAUUGAAGGAUGGUGGUCCUUUUUUUCCAAAAACAGGUCAGCAUGGUGGAGAAAUUUGUUUCAGGACCUAGAAGCCCAACAUAAAAUUGACAUGUCCUCCGACAUGAGCAAAGAGUAUCUGUGGUACUGUUUCUCCAAAUUACUACAAGAAGAAUGUAAGACUGUCAGGGAGCAUUGGAACACUCACUACAUAAGAGGCUCCAGGCAAAAUAGUGUUAGGGGAAGACCAGAUUCAUUAUAUUUCCUGCCAGAAUAUCAUGGUACCACAAGUAAUCUAUUAGCAAGGGUUGCAACUAAUGAAAUAGUGUGUGUGACUCAGGAGAUCACUCUAAAAGAACAUUAUAAUCAGCAUCAAGAAUAUUUUGAGUAUGUUAGACAAGGUCUGGGUUUGGCACUUCCUACAACCUGGAAGGAAGCUCUUCAGUUCUAUGAAAGAUUGAUAGACAUUGCUGAUAAUGGAUAUUCUACUUAG